UAGGAACGCAGGAACCCUCUUCGGCCGAAUUUGCAGUGAUGUCAACGUGUCCGCGGCAGUGGCGACUACCCCAAUCAACAAUUUGCCGCACUCCGAAAGUCAAAAACGAACACCCGGGCAUCUUCCGCUGAAGUUGAAAGACCGGAGGCCAGAUUGACUCGGCCAUAUCGCGGAUUGCCGCCGAUGAGAAGUAUCAUGAUUGGUCUUUUACUUCGAUCUCUGAUCCGUUGUAGGUCAUCCUGUUCCUCUUCCAGUAUAUCCCCCGGUACCCCAGGGACGACUCAAACGACUCCGCUUCAUCUCGGCUCCGCUACUACAUCUGGCGUAACCAGACGGCCGGGUCCGGAACCAGACUAUUUCGGCCGUAAGUGUCUGACACUCUUAGAUUCCUCCAUCUCUGUCUUGCGUAUUGACGGCCUUGUUGGGUCACGAGGCUCGUCAAACUGAGCCGCCUACAUCACCACGUUGCCAAUGCUCAAUGUGAGAUUUGCAGCGUAA